AAAAGGUCAGCCGCGUGAAAUAGUUUCACGGAUAGUUCAUUCUGUGAUUUGAUUUCGUCUAUAGGUCAAAUUUAUCAAAUUUGGCACCAGAAUCAUGGCCGAAAAGAACUGGCCCAUACACACACUCCAAAGGGACGUCCCUCCAAAGGGCAGAUGCCAAGCCACAGAAAAGCAACAGUCCAUGGGACUGCAGAUCCUGAGCUCCACGCCGGAGCACUCUUCCGGCGCGUCCACGGCCACGACCGAGUCGGGUGCCGCCGGCCGGCUGCCGACGACGCUGGGCCUGCCUGUCGCCAUCCCCGACGAGGCCGUGACCUCGCGCUCGGCGUCGGCAUCGGCGCAGUCGGCGUCGUCGCGGUUCAAGGGCGUGGUGCCGCAGCCCAACGGGCGGUGGGGCGCCCAGAUCUACGAUCGCCACGCGCGCGUCUGGAUCGGCACGUUCCCCGACGAGGACGCCGCGGCGCGCGCCUACAACGUGGCCGCGCUCCGCUACCGCGGCCUCGACGCCGCCACCAACUUCCCGCGCACGGCCGGGUCGACGGAGCUCGCCUUCCUGGCGGCGCACUCCAAGGCCGAGAUCGUCGACAUGCUCCGGAAGCACACCUACUCCGACGAGCUCCGCCGGGGCCUGCGCCGCGGCCGCGGCAUUGGGGGGCGCGCGGAGCCGACGCCGUCGUGGGCGAGGGAGCCCCUCUUCGAGAAGGUGCUGACGCCGAGCGACGUCGGCAAGCUGAAUCGCAUCGUGUUGCCGAAGCAGCACGCCGAGAAGCACAUCCCCCUGAAGCGCGCGCCGGAGACAACGACCACCGCUGACAAGGCCGUGCUGCUGAACUUCGAGGAUGGCCAGGGGAAGGUGUGGCGGUUCAGGUACUCGUACUGGAACAGCAGCCAGAGCUACGUGCUCACCAAGGGCUGGAGCCGCUUCGUCCGGGAGAAGGGCCUCGUCGCCGGCGACGUCGUCGUGUUCUCCUGCUCAGAGUACGGCCACGAGAAGCAGUUCUACAUCGACUACAAGAAGACCACGACGGUGAACAGCGGCGCGUCGGCGUCACCGCCGCCGCCGGUGGUGGAGACGGGCAAAGGAGAACAAGCCCGUGUCGUGAGGCUGUUCGGCGUCGACCUCGCCGGAGAGAUGAGGGGGCUAGCGGCGCCGGCGGAGCUGGAGUUGUUCAAGAGGCAAUGACAUUGGCGAGUAUGAUUGGUUUUGCUACACCAAUUGGUAUUGUGGUAUUCCCCAAGCAGUUACUCCCUCCGUUCCUCUAUGUAAUGCGCAUAGGUUUUUUGGCAUUAUUUCGAAAUGAAGUGCGUAUUAGCUA